CUCUCUCCCCUCUCUCCAAGUGACUACAUCAUUAAGGAGAAGACAGUACUGCUGCAGAAGAAAGACAACGAGGGCUUUGGCUUUGUGCUCCGAGGAGCCAAAGCUCAGACGCCUAUAGAGGAGUUCACCCCCACGCCGGCGUUCCCCGCGUUGCAGUACCUGGAGUCUGUGGACGAGGGCGGCGUAGGAUGGAGGGCAGGCCUGAGGAUGGGGGAUUUCCUCAUCGAGGUGAAUGGCCAGAACGUGGUGAAGGUUGGCCACAGGCAGGUGGUCAACAUGAUCAGACAGGGGGGCAACAGCCUCAUGGUCAAGGUGGUCAUGGUUGCCCGCAACCCUGAGAUGGAGGACACGGCUAGGAAGAAAGCCCCCCAGCAAGCUAAGAGGCUGACCCCCCCUGCCAUCGCCCUGCGCUCCAAAUCGAUGACUUCAGAGCUGGAAGACAUGGUGGAGAAAGCGGCCUCUCCAUGGAAGAAGAAAGCAGAGUACGAGACAUCGCAGGUGCCAGAUAAGAAGAGGACAGUCUAUCAGAUGGCGCUGAAUAAACUAGAUGAGAUCCUGGCAGCUGCUCAGCAGACAAUCAGCACCUCUGAUGGCCAGGGCCAGCGGGGUCACGGGGCCAAGAAAGACCGGAGCAAGAGCAUCGUCCCUAACGAGCCCGCCUUCGACCAGUCGGCAGCCGGCAUGAUGGCGCCCGGUCCAGGGUUCGGUUAUAACCACGCCCAGUUUCCGCCCGGCCAUGGAACUCAGCACGGAGUGAUGCUGCGGCAGAAAUCAAUCGGUGUGACAGAAGAGGAGAGGCAGUAUCUUCACACGCCUGCUGUGAAACUGGCCCGGAGCCUGUCUGUCCCAGGACCCGAGGAAAUCCCGCCUCCACCUAACACCUCCGCCCCGGAGCCGCCCCUGUCUGCCGGCCCCCACUCUGGCCGGAGAGGGGAGCCGGCCAUGCCCCUACCCCCGACCUCCCAAGCCCACUACCAGCACCACUCCCAGGCCUGGGACAGAGGAGCCCCUGGGGGUACGAACCAGAAUGUCAUGGCCCCCACCCUCCGCAGGGGAGCCCCCGGCGCACACGCCUCGGAGCCUGAGGUGCCGAGGAGGGGCGGGGGCAAAAUGGGGGGGUUGAGGAGGGGCUACAGCAGCGCCACUCCGCCCACGAGCGCCGCGCCCAAAACGCAGGCCCCGCAGGCGCCGCAUCACCCCCAGGCGGCGGCCAGGGAGCGGGGAGGAGGGGGCGGGGGCGGGGGAGGGGGCGGGGGCGGGGGAGGUGGAGGAGGGGGCGGGCACGGUGGAGGGGCCAGGCGAGGCGGGAAGGGCGCCCUGAUGAAGCAGUCCAAGGUGGAGGACGCGCAGAGGCACCACCGCGGCGGCCAGGGCGCCAAGGGCGCCACGUCCAAGGAGAAGAGCUCCAUCCCCAUUCCCACCAUCAUCGUCAAGGCCCCCUCCACCAGUAGCAGCGGCCGCAGCAGCCAGGGCAGCAGCAUGGAGGCGGAGCCCCCGCCCGACCCCGACGACCCCGCCUCCCCCCCAGCCUCCCCGGACAUCCCGGCCCCCGGGCAGCCCCUGCCCCUGGUCCCCACGCAGCCCCAGCCCCCUCCUGGCUCCGCCCCCCUGCCCCCAUCCUCCACCAGCCCGUCCCUCCCCAGCCAGCACGACCUGGAGAGCCUGGACUUCACCACGCAGCUGGGGGCGGCGUUCGUGGGCGCGGCCCGGAGGGACCGGGAGAGGCUGAGGGACAUGAGGCGGAAGAGCGCCUCGUUCUUCCUGUCCUCCGAGGACGACGUCCAGGGAGAGGGGGGAGGCGAGGGAGGAGGCGGGGCGAGGACGCCCGUCUCCCUGGCGCAUGGCUCCCAGAUGGACGUCCCCGCCCCCCGCCUGCGCCCCUCCAAGUCCAUCGACGAGGGCAUGUUUUCCGCGGACAACUACGUCAACUACGCCAGCAGCAUGCCGCCGGCCUUCGGCCUGCCCGAGUACUCCUCCCCCAUCCUGGGCCAGGACGGCCAGCCCAGGUCGGCGCCCUCCAACUAUGGCCAGCCGGCCACCACCUUCAUCCACCCGCUGACGGGGAAGGUUCUGGACCCGUCCUCGCCCCUGGGCCUGGCGCUGGCGGCCCGCGAGAGGGCCCUCAAGGACGACCGGCGCACCCGCCGCGAGGAGCGCCAUUUCGGCCGGCAGAUGUCGAGCGUGGGCUCGUUCAGCACCCCCGUCCAGACCCCGGCCCCCUCGCUGUUCCCCACCCCGACGCAGUCCGCCUACAACUCCCCCGUCUCCCUCCAUCUCACCUCCCCCACCGCCACCCCCCUGCCCCCCUCCCUGAGCCGCCCGCAAUCGCCACGGAUACUGCGCCUGGGAGGAGGUGGGGGGCCCGGGGGCGGGGCCGAGAGGUUGGAGAGGGAUAAGGAGGGCGGGGCCAGGGAGGGUCUCCGAGUUCGCUUUUCGGAGGACCGAACCAAUCAGUACCAGUCCCAGUUUUACCAACAGAUACCCAGGGAGAGAGAGGUGUACGAGAGCAGAGCGCCCGCUCAGCCUACGGGCCCUGCCCCUCAGCCCACCCCUCGCAGACCCUCCUUCCUGCAGAUGGAGAGCAGCCCCAAUGCCAACUAUGUCCCCCAGUACACCCUCCCCGGAGCCCCGGCCCACGCCCACGAGCCCAGAGGAGAGGCAGGGGUGGCAGGGGGGGCAGGGGGGGCAGGGGGGCUGGGCCUCAUGGUCCUGCCUCCCCCGGCCCCCUCCAUAGACCAGGAUGACGAGUUUGUCUUUGUGGACCCUUUGCCCCCUCCGAUACAGUUUGCCAACGGCGGUUCAGAGAGGGGCCAGAGGGACCUCCAGAGGUACCCGCAGCAGCACCCACACCCGGCCCAACACUCCUCCUCAGUCCCACCCCCGGCUCCGCCCCUCCCCGCCAUGAAAGGGACCACGGCCGGGGGCGUCCCCUCCAAUGCGCCCCUGCCCUCCCCCCAGGCCGGCGACUCGGCCGCCUCCAGCCUCACCUCCUACGACAGCGAGGUGGCCAACCUCACCCAGUCUGCCCUCUCACCCUCCCUCCCCUCACCCCAGAUAUUCCCCCCGUCCUCCUCCACCUCCUCCAGCACCAUCCAGCCUGCCCCCUCGCUCCACAGACCCCAGCCCAUGUCCCACGCCCACCCCUACUUCAACCCCGGUAACCCUGUCAUGCCCCUGGCCCAGGACCGGGGCGCCGCCACCCUCACCACCACCAUGACCUACGCAACCACCACAAUGACCGCCACGGUCGCCGCGACAACCACCACCGCCGCCGCCGCGGCUUCGGACUACAGCGUACCCUCGGCAACCGUGAAGGCGGGCAUGGGCGCGGGCGGCAUGGCCGGAGACUAUCACCACCAACCUCAACCUCACCCUCACCACCCUCACCCUCACCACCCCCACCCUCACCACCCUCACCAUCCUCACCCUCACCACCACCACCACCACCCCUCCAUGAUGGAGACUGGAGACUGGCAGGACGCCGUGGUGGAUUCUGGGAUCGAGGAGCUGGACAGCCACUGCAGCAGCGCCCACCCCCUGGACAUCCUGGGCGGAGCGAGGGGAGGAGGAGGAGGAGGAGGAGGAGGAGGAGGAGGAGGAGGAGGAGGAGGAGGAGGAGGAGGAGGAGGAGGAGAGGGAGAGAGAGAGAGAGGCGUGGAGCACGUGGAUCCCUACGUGAGCUAUACGGGCGGGCAGACGUUCGAGGUGCACCACAACGCCAAGUCGGCCGGCCCCGCGUACCCAAAGACUCCCCCGCACAAGGAGAGCGCGGGAGGCGCGAGGGAGGGGGCCACGGCGGCGGUCCUCCGCAGGCAGAGCAGCACCAACCCCCCCUCCCUCCACCACCCGCACAGGCCGCCCCCCCAGGAGGGCGAGCCCCGGACGGAGGCGGGCGGAGCGGCAGAGGAGAAGAAACGCAAGCCGAGCCGAUCCAGAAUGGAGGAGGGCUUCGGCUCCACCCUGGCCGCCUGCCUGGAGAGGCCGCAGGCCGCGGCCUGGGGGGAGGCGGCGGAGGCGGAGAGGGGCGGGGGGGUCGCCAGGGCCGGGGCCGGGGUGUCGCUGGAGGGGCGCAGGGGCCCCUCACCCCUCGCCGGCGUGAAGGCCAGCAUCAUCAAUGAACUGAGCUCCAAGCUGCAGCAGAUGGGCAACAAGAGCCUAGAGGAGUGGAGCAACAGUCCCAGGUUGCCCAGCACACAGAGAUUCUCUGCGGAUUUCUCCGACGUGUUCCAGAGCCCCCCGACGACCCGCUCCACCUCGCCCCUGCCCACCUCCUCCCCCCAGCACCGCCAGCAGAUCUUCCCCCCCAACCUCACCGCCACCCCCUCCGUCUCCCCGUCCUCCCAGCCCCCGCUCCAGCCCACCUGGACGCGCUCGCCCUCCCCCCAGAUGCCCACCUCCCCCAUCCACUCCCACCCGCCGACCUCGCCCACCUACUCCCCGUACCCGACCUCGCCCAAGCACCGCUCCAAGUACCGCACCAAGACGUUCGACUUCAACCCCAGCCCGGAGAUGCGCUCGUCCGUCACGCGGCGCCGCGCCCCCAGCCCCCUCAUCUACUCCAGCGAACACGCCGCACCGGCCCCCCCGCGGCCCUCCUCCCUCCCCAUCCUCCCCAGCACCCCCAUCUACAGCAACCCGUUCGACUUCCCGGGCCCCCUCACUCCCCCCUCCCCGGGACACCCGCUGGGAGACACCUACAACCCCUCCGCCCCUCCCCUCUUCAACCCGUCGGCCGCGGCCGCCCCGCUCAACCCCCUGCUGGGCGCCCGUUCCCUCUCGCCCACCCAGUUCCUGUCCGGAGCCACCUCCCCCUCCAUGCACCUGCCCCCCACCCCACCCUGCCUCAGCUACCCCCACCUCACCCCCCCGCCGCCGGCCAAGCCCUUCACCGUCAAGCCCCUGUCCUACUGGACCAAGUACGAUGUGGCCGACUGGCUGGCCUACCUGAACCUGGGCGAGCACAGGGAGCGUUUCCUGGACAACGAGAUUGACGGCUCCCACCUGCCCUCCCUCACCAAGGAUGACUUCCUGGACCUGGGGGUGACGCGUGUGGGCCACCGCAUGAACAUCGAGAGAGCACUGAAGAAGCUGACGGACAGGCUCCCCUCUCCCCCGCUUGUCUCUAGCCCCUCCCCUGAGGCCCAGACUGACAGAGUGAGGGAUGAGGUGACUCAAAGCUGAGAGAAUGAUAAGAUAAGAAGAGAUAUAAAGAAGACGAGUGCGUGGACACAAGCCGUUUGUUUGUGGGAUGAAGGAUCAUGAUGGACAAUCAAGCUGUCAGAGAUUCAGUUUGUGUGAUGGACAAUUACUUAGAUUUUUUUUUUACCAAUGGUUGCACGUGUUGGUCAAAAGAGGGUACAAAAAUGUAAGACUUGCGGUCUUAUCUUAUAGGGUUCAAUUAUCACACAGUACAACUACUGAUGAAAAGGCUUUUAAUUAACACAAACUGAUACGUGCUCGCAAGCUAUUCAUCCAUGCACACGUGCACACACACACACUAACACGCGCACACACACAUUUGACUGGACAUUCUCACUCCAUCUGCUGCUUGGCAGCACCAGGGAAAACUUGAAGGCAGAAUUGUGAGUUUGAGAAGCUGCUGAAGCUCCUGUCCCAGGAAACAGGUCCUCUAGCGCCGCUGCUUCACAGCUAACCGUCAGGGCCCUGUGCGUAGAACCUCCCAUCAGAUCAGAAGCUGUGGGAGACUAUUAGCCCAUGGUGGGGUUACAGUCCUAUAGACAGCUAGUCAGAGGAAGGCCCUUCAUUAAAAAGUUCAUGGUAAAUAAUUACAAAGUAAAGAUGUUGAUAAAAGUGUUUUGAUACCUAUAGUGUUAUUUGCCCUAAUCUCCCUAGUGAUUUGCCAACAAGCUUUCUAUGUCUUUUGCAAGAACAACAACACGUGCAGUGUACAGUAAAACCUACGUGUAAAAAAAACGGGACUCAUAACGAUUAUUGUUCAUUUGUUUUGUACCGAGUGCUGAUUGCAAUCAUUCAUUUGCAACGGGUCAGGGUAACGACAUCAAGUCAUUUAAAUUGUGUUUGUAGGGACAAUUUACGAAUAAUUCAAAAGUGUUGUGAAUUGACAUUUUACUAUUAUCAAGUCCACUGAGAGGGGCGAGGGAGAGCAGAGAACAGGUUUGCUAUCAUAUCAUGUUACAAUGCAGAUCGACUUUUCAAAUGCGUUGUUGAUGUUUACGAGCAAAGCACUGUCCAAGGCCAUGGGGGCCCUCUUUGAUGACAUCACAGUCCAUUGACUAUUUUCUCACACAGGUGCAGCGAUUGAAAAGGGCUUAUACCGCUUGUCUGUCUGUGUGUCUGACUCCCCAGCCCAUUCCCUUUGUGAGUGUGUGGUUGUGUGUCGGUGUGUCCGCUGGCCUUGUUACAUAUAUCAAAUCCCUAUACCUCUCUUUCUCACUUUCUCUCUUUAAUGCCUUCUCUAGAACUCAAAGACAGAUUUCUAACAUUCAAACAUCUUGUAUCUCGAGAUGUAUGUUUCGCAACACUUGACAAUCCUUACAUUGCCCUUUUUCAUGCUCUCUCCUCCAAACCUCUGAUCAGAGAGAGAAAACACACACACAGAGACAUGUACACACAAAUACAGGCUUUGUAACACGUCUAGCUACCUUCAGUGAACUGUACUGUAUGGGGACGGCUAAACUCUCUCGACUUCUACACGCAUCCUUUAUAGGUUUAUGUAACGAUGAUGACGAGGAUUGUGAUAAUAAUAACAAAA